AUGGGAUACAAAUCUGUUUUCGUCGGCCGACAAGCAUGGGCAUCCGCCACUCCUAGACUCUUGUUUAUCUGCAUCGUUUAUUCAAUGGGCAGUAUAUUUUUUGGUAUUGACGGAACUUCCUUCGCGGGCGUCCAAGCCUUUCAGCCUUAUGCAAAACAAUUUGGCCACUAUGACGAGACUCUCCAUUAUUAUAUCCUUUCACCUAUAACAGCCUCCUUGGUAAAUAGUUUACCACAAAUUGGCAAAUUAACUGGAACAAUAGCUGUUGGCCCUAUCAUCGUGCGGUUGGGGCAUAAACAUGCAAUAGGUCUUUCCGCAAUACUCAUACAAAGUGAAGUACAAUGCACCAGUAAACAUGUGGUUCAAUUUACAGUCGGGCGUAUAAUUAUCUAUGCCGCCGUUGGGUUUGUUGAAAAUUUAACAACUUCACCUCUUGGUAUACAGAUUGUUCCAACCUAUCAGGCCGAAAUAAGCCCUGCGCCACUCCGGGCCUUUUUUGUGGGUGCAAUUGAUCUCUUUCUCCUCAUUGGCGCUUUGAUUGCAGCACUGGCAAACAAUUCCCUCUCAAAAUAUAAUGAUCAAUCCGGAUGGAUCAUUGCAACCGCCAUUCAGGCCUUACCACCCGUUCUCAUUUUGCUCGGGUUACCUUUCACUCCAGAUUCGCCUCGAUGGCUCGUUUCCAAAGGUCGAAUCCUAGACGCUAUCGAAGUCUUGAAUCAGAAGAUUGCUGGGGUAAUCCUAAUCCUUCAUAUGGCAACGGGACAAUCGUUUAGCAGCGCCUAUGGGCCUACAUUUUAUAAGACGGUUGGAUUAAGUUCCAAUGCAUUUUUAUAUACUGUUCUUGGUAGUGUUGUGCCCAUUGUCACAUGUCUAGCUGGGAUGUUAUGUCUAGAUGCUUUUGGCCGCCGAAAAACUCUCAUAGUUGGUAUGACUCUUAUGUCAAUUUUUUUGUGGCUCAUUGGAGGGCUAGGCUCGUCAAAAGAUCGUUCGAAUCAAUAUACAAACGGAAUGAUUGCUUCAUUUAUCCUAUUCCCUGCCGCAUACCACGGCUCACUUGCUCCUGCAGCCUUUACAACCGCUGCCGAAGUUGGAAGCGCGUCAUUGAGAGAAAAGACUAUGGCAUUUGGAACUGCUCUAAAUGUCAUUAUAGGUUUUGCAGUUGUUUUUACCAUACCAUAUCUUCUUUCGCCAUCAUACGCAGGCCUGGGAAUAACGACAGUGGGAACGAUUUGGGUUAUUCUGUGUCUACCUGAGCUAAAAGGUCGCAAUCUAGAAGAAAUCGAUCAGAUGUUUGACGCUAAGGUCCCGGCAUGGAGGUUUUCCAAAUUUGAAACCACCGGUCCCUCUCAUGAUUCUGGUAUUGCGGGCAAGGGUCGGCUUAAAACGGCAGAAGUCGGUAUUUCAGUCCCAACGGAUGCACAUGUUGAAGAUGUUGAGUUGCCUCAGGUGGCAUAA